ACUCCCUGGCACUUACGUCGUGGCGUGUUUUGACUACGUUGGGAAGGGAAAGAAGGAGGCGGGCUUUAUUUUUAUGUGUUUUUAUUUAUUUCUUUGUUUCAAACAAAAAAAAGAGAAUAAUAAGCUUUUGAAAAUUGGGUUUGAUAGAACGCGAGAGAAGGAGAUUCCUACCGUAUAUACAUCAUCCGUACCGAAAGACGGAGAAGGACGGGGGUCUACAACAGCUGAGAAACGGAGGACAGAAGGGGGACGCUGCGGCCGCUGCCGUUCCCGAGGAGCGAGGGAGGAUGAAGCGGCGCAAUGCGGAUUGCAGUAAGCUCCGCCGGCCGGUGAAAAGGAACCGGAUAACCGAAGGCAUAUAUGGCAGCACUUUUUUAUACCUUAAAUUUCUGGUUGUAUGGGCUCUUGUGCUGCUGGCAGACUUCGUCCUGGAGUUCCGAUUUGAGUACUUAUGGCCGUUUUGGCUGUUCAUUAGGAGCGUCUAUGAUUCAUUCAGAUAUCAGGGUUUGGCAUUUUCAGUAUUUUUUGUUUGUGUAGCAUUCACAUCCGAUAUAAUAUGCCUGCUCUUCAUACCAGUACAGUGGCUCUUCUUUGCUGCCAGCACUUAUGUAUGGGUUCAGUAUGUGUGGCACACAGAAAGAGGAGUAUGUUUACCAACAGUAUCACUUUGGAUACUCUUUGUUUACAUAGAAGCUGCAAUCAGAUUUAAAGAUCUUAAAAAUUUUCAUGUAGAUUUAUGUCGUCCUUUUGCUGCACACUGUAUUGGAUAUCCUGUAGUAACAUUAGGCUUUGGCUUCAAAAGUUACGUCAGCUACAAAAUGCGGUUAAGAAAACAGAAAGAGGUUCAAAAAGAGAACGAGUUUUAUAUGCAGCUUCUUCAGCAGGCUUUACCGCCAGAGCAACAGAUGUUACAGAGGCAAGAAAGGGAGGCAGAAGACGCAGCAGCCAAAGGAAUGCCAGAAGUGGAUGGAGCGUUGCUUUCACAUCACAAUGGAGGGAUCCCAUCCAGCAAAAAAGUGACCAUCACAACAUUACCAGAACUAGAAUACAGAGAAAAAGGGAAAGAGAAAGAUGCCAAAAAACACAAUCUUGGGAUUAAUAACAAUAUUUUACAGUCUGUAGAAACUAAAAUUCAAGAAAUUGAAUAUAUGGAAAACCAUAUUAAUAAAAGAUUAAAUAAUGAUCUUGUAGGAAGUACAGAAAACCUCUUAAAAGAGGACUCAUACAGUGCAUCAUCAAAAAAUUACAAAAACGCUACUGGGGUGGGGAACUCCUCACCCCGAAACCACAGUGCAUCUAAUGGGAGUAUUCCCUCUUUGCCAAGCAAGAAUGAAAAAAAGCAGAAAUGCACUAGUAAAACCUCGAGCAACCACAAAGACUUAAUGGAGAACUGUAUACCUAAUAAUCAGCUUAGCAGACCUGACACAUUAGUAAGGUUGGAACAGGAUAUAAAGAAGUUAAAGGCAGACCUGCAAGCUAGCAGACAGACUGAGCAAGAGCUACGAAGUCAGAUCAGUUCCCUUAGCAGCACAGAACGUGGAAUUCGAUCAGAAAUUGGACAGCUCAGGCAAGAAAAUGAACAGCUACAGAAUAAGUUACAUAAUGCUGUACAGAUGAAACAGAAAGACAAACAAACCAUCAGCCUAUUAGAAAAGAAACUGAAAGCAGAGCAGGAAGCCAGAGCCUUUGUAGAAAAGCAAUUAAUGGAGGAGAAGAAAAGAAAGAAGCUGGAGGAAGCAACUGCUGCCCGUGCUGUUGCACUUGCUGCUGCCACCAGAGGAGAAUGCACAGAAACUUUAAGAGGUCGAAUAAGGGAAUUGGAAACAGAGUGCAAAAAGCUAACCAUAGACAUGAAAGUUAAAGAAGACCAGAUAAGAGAAUUAGAAGUGAAAAUGCAGGAAUUGCGUAAAUACAAGGAAAAUGAAAAAGACACAGAGGUAUUGAUGUCUGCACUUUCAGCAAUGCAAGAUAAAACACAGCACCUGGAAAACAGCCUGAGUGCAGAAACCAGAAUCAAGCUAGACUUGUUUUCAGCACUAGGGGAUGCUAAACGACAGCUAGAGAUUGCACAAGGGCAGAUCAUUCAGAAAGACCAAGAAGUGAAAGAGCUUAAACAAAAAAUUGCAGAAGUUAUGGCAGUAAUGCCUGGUCCGUACACUGCAGCUACCAGCACUCUGAGUCCUGUCACCCAACACUACUCCUCCAAGUUUGUGGAGACUAGCCCCUCUGGACUUGAUCCAAAUGCUUCAGUUUACCAGCCCCUCAAAAAGUGAAUGCCUGCCAGCCGGAUUCUUUCAAUACAGUGGCAUCACACGAGUGUUUUCCCCUUUGCAGUCAAAGAUGACUAUGUAUUGUGUGACUGUACUUGUAGUUCAAAAUGGAAAAGAGAAGUGAUUACAUCAAGGUUUUGACUAGAACUGCCCAGUCUUGUUUCUUUCUUGUAACGUUUCAAGUACCUCGCAGGUGUUUUUUCACAGCCAGUGUUUUUGAAUAUUCCCAGUCAUGUUUUCAAUAUUCAAUAGUCUGUUCUGCCUUUAUGUAUUACUUCUACCUGGUUUCCUCUUGGGGAAGAUGUUUUCAGGGUUUUGCUUUUUCCAGACCCUUUCAGUGUCACAAAAACAAAGCCAGCUAUCAUAAGUGGUAAAGGAACUUGUAUGAUAGCACUGCUCCCUUAACUUUUAGGCUGAAAGGAUUUCAGUGAUCCAGCAAAGCUCUGGAAGGAUUAUCAGUGUUUUAUUUAAAUGUUUUGUAAUAAAUGUUGCAAACUAAUUUGCUCACCUCCCUACUGUUAGGACCAAGCAAAUUAUGAGGCAUCAUUUAAGUUUAAAAAGGGAAAGUCUUAGUAACAGGAAUAGCUGGUAGUGUAUUGGUUGUUGUUGUGUAAAAAAAAUAUAUAUAUAUUUAUUCCCGUUGGUGUGUUUAGUAAGUUGGAGAGUUGUCUUGUUCACAGUGCCUUGAAUAAGACUGGUUUCAAGAGGAAACUUAAUAUUUAUUGUUCAUUUUUACUGUUCACUGUCCUUCAAGUUCUGAUCCAUUUUUUUAGCAGAGUCUACUGCAAAAAGCAUACGUUAGACCAUGGUAUUAAUUUAUUGUAAUGCUAGCAAUUUUUUUUUUAGUACUAGAGAUUCCCAAUGUGUUUUAACAUUUGCUUAUGCUGUCCAUUGGAAGACAUGACAGAGGAAUCAUUAUUUUGCAAAAUAAGUAUUGUGUACUGUUCAGAUGUCUAGCAAUAGUUUUGUAUUUUUGUUUAGUCCAUCUAUGCUUUCAGUGUUUCUGCUUUUAGUAGUAUGUUACAGCUCUGGAAAAAAAAACUUUUGUGCCAAGUAGCAUUUGGAAUCUAAAAUAAUGCUAAUGAAGAAAAUAUUUUCAUUUCGAAAUGUGUUAAAGUAACACAGUUAAACAUUGCACUCGUAAAAUAGAACUGAAGACCAUUUCAUACCUGAAUUGUUUGCACUUGCAGUGGACUCUGGGGGAAAAAAAAGUUUACAUUUUCUUUGCUCACUAGUACAUUCACCCCACCAAGGAAAACAUUUUCUAAAUCAGAAUGCUUCCAAGAACAAGUUAAUUUAAUGGGGGCAAGAACUAACUUGAAACUAAAUGAAAGAAUUUUGAUAAUGAACUUAUUUGGGAAUCAAAAGCUAGCUGCAUCUAGAUUGUUUUUGUUCUGUUCCCCUUGACAUUUGUAUUGUUUUAGUCACCUUGUGUAGUUGUCACCAAGAAAGUAUUGAGUAAAGAAAAGGGUUACUGAAAGCUUUGUUCAAACAUCAAAUAUCAACAGACCUGUCAUGUUGCAGUAUACCCCAUUUGCUGCCAUUUUUGGACUUUUUUUUAAUUGACUUGGCUGCAUUUCUUUUCUGUGGGGUUUACAAGGAAUAAACAUUUAUUGCAGAAGAA